AUGGGCUACACUCUUACGAUUUUGGGUUGCGGUGUGAUGGGCCAGGCGGUGCUCUCCGCAAUCUACAACGCGCCAAAGGCUGAUGAUGAGUCACGUGCGAUGUACCCAAGCCGGAUCAUUACAUGCAACAACAACGCGCAGUCGGCCAAGCAGGUCACAGAGCUUGUGCGUGGCUUCGGGACCUCGCCCAAUGGCAUUGAGGUAGAGUCGACAUCAGGCGACAAUGCGAAGGCCGUGGCGGAGGCACGUGUGGUGGUGCUUGGGACAAAGCCAUACCUCGUGGAGGAGGUACUGCAAGACGUGCGCACCCAAGUGGCUGACAAGCUGCUCAUAUCGCUGGCCGCGGGAUGGACCCUGGACCAGCUGGUGGAUUACACUGCACGCGUUGCGCGUGUCAUGACCAACACGCCUGCGAAGUACGGGUACGGCGCCGCAGCGGUGUCGCACUCGCCAGACGUCACCGCUGACGAGCGGGCGCUGGUCUCGCGGCUGGUCGGCCACUUGGGCCUUUGCGUGGAAUUGCCGGAGAAGAACAUGGAUGCUGCGACUGCGCUGAUUGGCUCUGGCCCAGCCUUUGCUCUGCUCAUGCUUGAGUCGAUGAUGGAAGCCGGCGUCAAGCUAGGUAUUCCCCUUGACGUGUCGCGGCGCUGCGCCGCCAAAGUGCUUGAGGGGACCGCGCGCAUGGCCGAAGAGACGGGCUCUCAUCCUGCUGCGCUAAAGCACCAGGUGUGCACUCCUGGCGGCACCACCAUCGCAGGUUUAUGCGUUAUGGAGGACAGCGGCGUGCGUUCCGGUAUAGUCAAAGGUAUUGAGGAGGCUGCGAAUGUCGCUGCCCGCCUAGGCCGCAAGUAG